AUGAUAAACCAAAUAGAUGAAUGCUUUAAAAUGCGGGGUCACAGUGGCGAUCAGGGAUGUGUUGGAGCGUGUGUGGACGUCGUGUUUGUGCAGCCUGGAGAUGACACAGUGAGGCUGGGUCAAAGGUCAGAGGUUGCUGUCCUAAUAGAGAUAAACAAGAGUUUGGGAUUGAUCUGCAAAAAACUAGAUCACAGUUUAGAUUGCAGAGGGAUGCAUUUAGGGUCAAAGGCCUGCACUGGUUCAUGCUCCGGUCUGCACACACUCACACACACGCUCACACACCCCGUCCCCCUGGAAAAUACCCCCCGCUGUCUGUGUUGA